AUGGCACAGACUAUCCACCCCAGGAGGCAUUUGUCUCGGCUCGUCCCACGUUCAACAAAUGCGCUCCUUGCCGCGGUGGUGUCGGUCUCGGUGGUCGAUUCAGUACUUUUGGGCUAUGACAGCUCCCUGAUGGGCAGUCUCAACGUGAUGCCGACGUACCAGAACUAUUUCACACUGACUACUGCGACCAAGUCCUUGAACACGGCGAUUUCAUACGUUGGAGGGUCCUGCGCUGCCCUCUUCGCUGGGUUCGUUGUUGCAUGGAUAGGGAGAUGGAAAACCAUCAUGCUCUCUUGUAUCCUCACGCUCAUCGGCCCUAUCGUCCAGAGUGCUGCGCAGAAUACCGGCAUGUUCAUCGCUGGUCGCUUUAUUGUUGGCUUCGGGCUCGGAUUUGCCCAAACUGCAUGUCCAACCUAUGUGGCCGAGACUGCUCCUCCGAAGCACAGAGCGGUGGCGCUGGGUCUAUACUACGCUUGUUGGGGCGUCGGCACGCUUGUUGCAUCUGGAGUGUGCUACUCGACGCAACACUAUUCCUCGACGUGGGCAUGGAGGACGCCCAGCUUGAUCCAGAUUGUGCCGAGCAUCCUCUGCAUGUGUGUGCUGCUCUUUCUUCCCGAGUCGCCUCGAUUCCUCAUAGACAGGGAUCGGCACGACGAAGCCCUGGAGGUGCUUGCAGCCAUCAACGCCAACGGCGAUAAAGAGUCACCGGUCGUUCUGGUCCAGUACCGCGAGAUCACAGAUACAAUUGCAUGGGAGAAGAGCCAGCAACUGUCCUGGAGGCAGGCGUUUAGCACCAAGGGCAAUCGCAAGCGCAUCAUCAUCACUUCGACAUUCUCCAUCAUUGUCAUGUUACCUGGAACCAAUAUCAUCACCUUCUACUUUGGCGACAUGCUCGCGCAGGCGGGAAUCACCAACCCGACAACUCAGCUGCAAAUCAACAUCAUCCUGACCUCCUGGACGUUAGUCGUUUCGCUGGCAGGUGCCUGGUUCGCAGAUUCCCUCGGCCGGAAGACUCUCUGCUCCAUCAGUCUGGCCGGCCAGAUUGUGACGUUCUACAUCCUCGCUGGACUGACCGCCCUCUACGGCGACUCCUCAAACAGGUCGGGCAUCUAUGGCACUAUCGCGAUGAUCUUCCUCUACAAUGCAGCCUACGCUUACGGUAUCACACCACUUACGGUGCUGUAUCCACCCGAAGUGCUCUCGUACUCUCUACGCUCCGUCGGCAUGGGCUUGUACACCCUCACGACGAAACUGUCGGGGUUGCUGGUGACCAUGGCAUUCCCUUUCGCCCUGGACGCCAUAGGCUGGAAGACGUACAUCAUCAAUGCGAGUGCCGACAUUGUCAUGCUGGCGGGCGUGAUGUGGUAUUGGGUGGAAACCAGGGGAUACACGCUCGAAGAAGUCGACAAGUUGUUUGACGGGGAGAAACAUUCCGACGUUCCGGACUUGAAGGCCGUGCAAGAUGGAGAAGUCGAAGUUGGCAGUGAGCUGUUGAAGAAUGUAGCCAGUAGGGUGGAGAAUCAGGAAGUGGUGAUAACGAAGGGGUAG